ACAGCGAUCUUCAUGUGUAAAUGUUGCAAUCUUUUCUCACCAAGUCAGUCGGAACUCCUCUCCCAUGUUUCCGAGAAGCACUCCGAAGAGGGGAUAAAUGUAGAUGAGAUUAUCAUCCCCCUUCGGCCUCUAAGCACUCCUGAACCAACUAACCACAGCAAAAGCGGAGAUGACUGUUCGGUCACAAAGAGGAAGAGAGGCCGGCCUAAGGGCUCUACCAAGAAGUCCUGUAGUGAGGAGGAGCCAGCAGCCAGCACGGUCGGUGCCAGCGAGGACAGUCCUGCGGCCCCUCCAGAGGAGAGCAACCUGGAGCCCAGCAGCUUGGAGUGCGGCAAGUGUUGUCGGAAGUUCUCCAACUCGCGCCAGCUGAGGAAGCACAUCUGCAUCAUUGUGCUGAAUUUGGGGGAAGAGGAAGGAGAAGUAGGUAACGAAUCUGACCUUGAACUGGAAAAGAAGUAUAAAGAAGAUGAUCGAGAAAAGACCCCAAAGAGACCGCGGACACAGAGAACAGAGAAAGUUCAGAAGACAUCUUUGGGAAAAGAAGCUGGACCAACUUGUGGGGCAAAGAAACCCAUCAUAAGUGUGGUUUUAACAGCACAUGAAGCCAUUCCAGGUGCUACCAAGAUUGUUCCAGUGGAGGCUGGACCGCCAGAAACAGGCGCAGCAAACCCUGAGCCCACUGCGGCUGACCUGGCGCCUCGGAGAGGGUACCAAGAGUAUGCCAUUCAGCAGACACCAUAUGAGCAGCCAAUGAAGUCAAGCAGGCUAGGUCCGACCCAGCUGAAGAUCUUCACUUGUGAGUACUGCAACAAGGUCUUCAAGUUCAAGCACUCGCUGCAGGCUCACCUGAGGAUCCACACCAACGAGAAGCCCUACAAGUGCUCCCAGUGCAGUUACGCCAGCGCCAUCAAGGCCAACCUCAACGUGCACCUGCGGAAGCACACGGGCGAGAAGUUCUGCUGCGACUACUGUUCCUUCACCUGCCUGAGCAAGGGCCACCUCAAGGUGCACAUCGAGCGGGUGCACAAGAAGAUCAAGCAGCACUGCCGCUUCUGCAAGAAGAAGUACUCGGAUGUCAAGAACCUCAUCAAGCACAUCCGAGACGCCCAUGACCCACAGGACAAGAAGGUCCAGGAGGCCUUGGACGAGCUGUGCCUGAUGACCAGGGAGGGCAAGCGGCAGCUGCUGUACGAUUGCCACAUCUGCGAGCGCAAGUUCAAGAACGAGCUGGACCGGGACCGCCACAUGCUGGUCCACGGGGACAAGUGGCCCUUCGCCUGUGAGCUCUGCGGCCACGGGGCCACCAACUACCAGGCCCUCGAGCUGCAUGUCAGGAAGCACCCCUUCGUGUACGUCUGUGCCAUCUGCCUCAAGAAGUUCGUCAGCUCCAUCAGGCUGCGAGGUCACAUCAAAGAGGCCCAUGGGGCGGACCAGGAGCACCUGGUCUUCACCAGUUCCAUCAACCAGAGCUUCUGCCUCUUGGAGCCCGGGAGGGAUAUCCAGCAGGAAGCCCUGGGGGGCCAGCUGCAGCUAGCCGAAGAGGAAUUUGUGUUCCAGGGGGUGAAUGCCUCCCAGGAGGCUGCCUGCCCCGGGGAUGCCCCACCUGAGGAGGGACAGAAAGAGUCAGACAACCCAGGGGAUGAGCCUUUCCCACCUGGGCAGGUAGCCGCGGCCCAGGUGGAAAGCCCCGUUCUGCCACGCUGUGACCUGGAGGCCACAGUGGCCACUUCGGCCCUUCAUUCGUCUAUGGUCGUUUCAGAUGAGUUUCUAGUGAAAACUGAUACGCCCGGUGCUGAGACUCACCGUGCUCCUGAGGGGAUUUUGGACCCCUCUGGAGGAGACUCCACCCAGGACCAGGAGGAUGAAGUGAUGCUCCUGCUGUCCAAGGUCAAAAGUGAGGAAGCUAAUCCGGAGACCGGGGUUGGUGCUGAGGGCCUUCCGCAGGAAAGGCAGAAAGUGACUGACCUCCAGCCUGAUGCUCCAGAUCCCAGCAGUUGUCUUGGGCCAGACCAAGGAGAGGCCUCUGACUUCCCAGCACCUGGUGAUUGCAAUGUGGCCACAAGGCAGCAGGACUCUUGCACCUCCGUCACCGCCACUGAGCACAGGCCUGGCAUCACUGCAUUCAUGAAGAUCCUGGAUGGUUUACAAAAGAGGCAAAUGAACACUGGCUUGUGCGAGAGGAUCCGGAAGGUGUAUGGAGACCUGGAAUGUGAAUACUGUGGCAAACUUUUUUGGUACCAAGUGCAUUUUGAUAUGCAUGUCCGCACCCAUACCCGGGAACAUCUGUAUUAUUGCUCCCAGUGUCAUUAUUCUUCCAUCACCAAAAACUGCCUUAAACGCCAUGUCAUUCAGAAACACAGUAACAUCUUGCUGAAGUGUCCCACUGACGGCUGUGACUACUCGACUCCAGAUAAAUAUAAGCUACAGGCACAUCUUAAAGUUCACACAGAGCUGGACAAAAGGAGUUAUUCUUGUCCUGUAUGUGAAAAGUCUUUUUCAGAAGAUCGAUUGAUAAAGUCACACAUCAAGACCAACCAUCCGGAGGUCUCCAUGAGCACCAUUUCCGAGGUUCUCGGGAGGAGGGUUCAGCUGAAAGGGCUGAUUGGGAAGAGAGCCAUGAAAUGCCCAUAUUGUGAUUUCUAUUUCAUGAAGAAUGGCUCAGACCUUCAGCGUCACAUUUGGGCUCAUGAAGGCGUAAAACCCUUCAAGUGUUCUUUGUGUGAGUAUGCAACUCGUAGCAAGAGUAACCUUAAGGCUCAUAUGAAUCGUCACAGCACUGAGAAAACCCAUCUGUGUGACAUGUGUGGCAAGAAAUUUAAAUCGAAAGGAACAUUGAAAAGUCACAAACUCCUCCACACGGCCGAUGGGAAGCAGUUUAAGUGCACAGUGUGUGACUACACAGCAUCUCAGAAGCCACAGCUGCUGCGGCACAUGGAGCAACAUGCAUCCUUCAAGCCAUUCCGCUGUGCCCAUUGCCAUUACUCCUGCAACAUAUCUGGCUCUCUGAAGCGGCAUUACAACAGGAAGCACCCCAACGAGGAGUAUACCAACGUGGGCACUGGAGAACUUGCGGCAGAUGCACUCAUCCAACAAGGUGGUUUGAAGUGUCCUGUUUGCAGCUUUGUCUAUGGCACCAAAUGGGAGUUUAAUAGGCACUUGAAAAAUAAACAUGGUCUGAAGUUGGUGGAAAAUGAAGGGGACUCCAAAUGGGAGCCAGCCACAGAAAUUUCUGAGGAGCCCUCCACCCAGUACUUGCACAUCACAGAAGCCGAAGAGGAUGUCCAGGGGACACAAGCAGCGGUUGCUGCACUCCAGGACUUGAGAUACACAUCUGAGAGUGGCGACCGACUUGACCCCACCGCUGUUAACAUCCUCCAGCAGAUCAUCGAGUUGGGCACUGAGACCCACGAUGCCACAGCCGUUGCCUCUGUUGUUGCUAUGGCACCAGGGACAGUGACUGUCGUGAAGCAGGUCACCGAUGAGGAGCCCACACCCAACCACACGGUCAUGAUCCAGGAGACCCUGCAGCAGGCCUCUGUGGAGCUCGCUGAGCAACACCACCUGGUGGUGUCCUCAGAUGACGUAGAGGGCAUUGAAACGGUGACUGUCUACACCCAGGGCGGGGAGGCCUCCGAGUUCAUUGUCUAUGUGCAGGAAGCCAUGCAGCCCAUGGAGGAGCAGGCAAUGGGACAGCCAGCCCUGGAGCUCUAAAGGACACCUGGGGUCAGAAGCCGGGGUCAGUGGUGCUCGGCUGUUGGCGCUGGAGACACCCAUGGCAGGAGCGUGCAGGACGAUGCUCUCCAUGGUGCCCUCAAUGGUGCCCUCCUGUAUGCUCUGCUCUGGCAGCCAGAUGGGGCUCUCCUUGACCUGCUUUGGGUGGUCAAGGUGGUCAACAUCACCAGCGUUCCAGAACCUCUGCCAUGGUACAGGUACAAAGCAUCUUGCCCUGUCUGCUUCAAAGUAAACUCUUUGGCAUCAACUCU